AAGAUCUAGUGCAGUAAUGUUACCACCUGAUUGAAAAGUUGGCCUGAACCCACCAUCUUUUUCUUCAAUGCGUGUUUAUUUCUUAAUCAUGGAGGAUAUGGAGGCUUGGUUUGGUUUGGGCUGAGGCAUCUUUCCUCCUUUUCCCCUCGCGGGAGGGGAUGGAGAUUGGGCGCCACCUGUAGGAGACGUUGCACCCCUCGAGAACGCAGAGAAGCGCUGAUGAAAUCGUCCCAGACACUCAAAGAAGAGGCGGUAAAAGAAGCCAUGUCACAGGAGGAGGGCCCGAGGAGUCAUCCUGCCCAGGCCUACUACCACCAUGCCAAUCUAGCAGACACUGACCUCUCAGGAAAGCUCUUCAAGCAGGAGGGCAUGUCCAAACCCUUUUCGGUGCUCGUCGAUAACAAGAUGAGCACCAAAGCAGUCCCUUCUGAGCUGCCCCUCGAGCCGAAUCCUGCCCCACUUCAGCAUUUCUACAAAGAAGGUUCCGGAGCGGCCGGGAGCGAGGGAGGAAUGAAGAGCAGAAACAAAGGGAUGUCCCAAGAGACGGAGGACGAAGAAGAAGAAGAAGAGGAAGAGGAGGAGUUCAAACGAGCGCAGAUCAUUGUAGAGGUGAACCUAAACAACCAAACCUUGCACGUCUCCAAAGGAGAGAAGAACAUUCCCGCAGAGGUGGACAAGAGCGGCAGCGAUGAGGAAGACGAGGAGGACGAAGAAGAGGAAGAGGACGACGAUAGCAUAGAAGAGGAUGACAGUCCCGAGGAAGAGCCCGACGAAAUAGAGGACCAGGACGAAGAUGAGAAAGAAAGCCGGAGGACGAGAUCUUACCGGACCCAGAAAAAGAGCCUCGAUGCCGACGUGGCCCCCGAGACAGUCGGUGUGACCACCAGAGGGCGAAGGAGGAGCGCAGAAGUUCCACCCCUGAAGCGACCCAGGUCAGGCCGCGGCGUUAAGAGCUCCGGCUCUUCGGCUUCAGGAGCAGUAAAGGACUGUGAGGAGCGCGGCACUCUGGCAUGCGAGAAAUGCCCACGCGUGUUUAACACCCGCUGGUACCUGGAGAAGCACAUGAACGUCACGCACAGGCGCAUGCAGAUCUGCGACAAGUGCGGGAAGAAGUUCGUGCUGGAAAGCGAGCUGACCCUGCACCAGCAGACUGACUGCGAGAAGAACAUUCAGUGUGCAUCGUGUAAUAAAUCCUUUAAAAAACUGUGGUCACUUCAUGAGCACAUCAAGAUCGUCCACGGCUAUGCUGAAAAGAAAUUCGCCUGCGAGAUUUGCGAGAAGAAGUUCUACACGAUGGCGCAUGUCCGCAAGCACAUGGUCGCACACACUAAGGACAUGCCAUUUACAUGUGAAACGUGUGGGAAAUCUUUUAAACGCAGCAUGUCUCUGAAGGUGCACUCACUUCAGCACUCCGGAGAGAAGCCCUUCCGCUGUGAGAACUGUGAUGAGAGGUUUCAGUAUAAGUAUCAGCUGCGUUCUCAUAUGAGCAUCCACAUCGGGCACAAGCAGUUCAUGUGCCAGUGGUGUGGCAAAGACUUCAACAUGAAGCAGUAUUUCGAUGAACACAUGAAGACGCAUACAGGUGAGAAGCCAUUCAUCUGUGAGAUCUGUGGGAAAAGCUUUACCAGUCGGCCCAACAUGAAGCGCCACCGGCGCACCCACACGGGAGAAAAGCCUUACCCCUGCGAGGUAUGUGGCCAGCGCUUUCGUUUCUCCAACAUGCUCAAGGCUCACCGCGAGAAGUGCUUCCGGGUAACCAGCCCCAUGACUCCACAGCCUUCCAACAUGCCCCUCGGUGUUCAUCUCCCCGGCAACCCCGCCUCUUCCUCGGGCCAUGCUUCCAGCCCACCUUUAUCUUCUCCACCCGCGUCCAAUCCUUCGUCCGUGGGCUCGGGAAUGCUGGCUUCCGGAAUCGGACACGGCUUUUCCCAUUUGCACAUGCAGGCCGCGGCCACGCAUCAUCAACAUCAAACCCACGCGCAUCACCCCGGCCACGCGGCCAUAACCGGUAGCGCCCCUCAGCACCUUUCCGUCCCGUCCUCUCUCCUGCCGUCGCCUCCUGCACUUUUUAAGAGCGAACCGAUCAACCACUGCGCCCGCGAGGACGCAUACCUGAGGCCGGGUUCGACACAGCAGCACUAAAAGUGACCGCACCUCUGCCUCGCAGACACGCAGAUACUGCGUCGACGUGAUCAAGGAAAACUCACGCGUGAGGGUACACACUUCAGUGCUGCCUAUGCAUUUUCUCGUCAGAAGCUCGGCUGAUCAGAAAGUGAGCUUGACUGCUGACCUCAGUGAACCUUCUUAAAAACAUUAGCAUUAGCAUUUUACACCUUGUACUGUAAGAGUUCCAGUUGCAUCAUAAUGAUGAGAACAUGCCACUUAACUUAAAGCUGCAGUAUGUAACUCAAAAGUGCAAGAAGUAGCCUUGUUGUGUGUGAGGGAAU